AUGUUAAAAUCCCAGCAGCUGCUCCAGGCGGGCUGCCAGUCUUUGAUUCAAGGUGUACCAACGCCGUAUAGCUAUCAACCCUCAUUGGCCGCAGGAAUCGUUUUUUCUAUUCUCUUCUGCUUUCUGACAGUUGCCCACAUCGCUCAGUCUACUCAUGGAAGGAGGUGGUGGUCACUGGUAUUUGCCGUUGGAUGCUUCAUUGAACUUCUCGGAUGGGUCGCUCGAACCUGGUCUGCUGUAUGCCCAUAUAACUUAAAUGCAUUUCUCAUGCAAAUUUCCACACUUAUAAUGGCUCCAGUCUUCUUUGCAGCCGGGCUUUACAUCCUCUUUGGCGUUUUUAUCAGCAUACCGGGGUGCCACUCGUCGUAUCUAAGCCCUAUAUCUUAUUUUUGGAUUUUUAUCCUGGGCGAUUGCACCUCGUUGCUUCUCCAAGGCAUAGGAGGCGGCCUUGCUUCGUCAGAAAUGGCGCGAAUCAAUGGGGACUUAUCCCAAGGUACUCAUAUAAUGCUAGCUGGUAUUAUUUUACAGAUAGUGUGGAUGACUGGCUUUAUCUGUUGUGUUGUUCAUUUUCUUGCUGGUGUCAUCUUCUCCGCCUCUUCCUCAACGUUUGCAAAGACUCCAAUUGUACCCUUGCUGCGCGCGAUGGUCGUCUCAGUCAUCUGCAUCUAUAUCCGAUGUAUCUAUCGUACGGCUGAGUUGCUUCAGGGAUGGAGUGGAUAUUUGAUCACUCAUGAGGUUUACUUUAUAUCUCUGGAUGCAGGGAUGAUGCUACUGGCAGCUCUUGCAUUCAAUAUCGUCCAUCCUUCUGCGUUGUGCGAGCUCCCUACCAUUGGCCUUCACUGA